UUGCCUGUCCUGUGACUUCUCUUCCCAAUCCCUGCUUAAAACACAGAAAUCCUGCCAAGAGCAUCCUCUGUAGAGUUUCCUUGUCAAAACUUCCUGUAAAUUCUGUGUUCCAACAACUUUUCCUGCACCGCUCCUCCCUGCCCCAGAUAAUGCACGGCACAAACGCUUUCCCGAGUUAUUAUCUCGCUGUCCUGUAGGCAUUCAGCACUGAGCUCCCUCGAUACUCACACGAAAACGGAUUAAAAAAAGGAAAAUACUGCAGAAUUCCGACUUAGAAGCAGCAGCUUCUGCAUAGCAGGAGUCUCCUGAACCCAGUCAGAGUGUCUGAUCCCCCUGGAAUGUAACGGGAAGCUUUCAGGAUCCAAUAAAGAGGUGACGGUACGACAGAAAAGAUGAAGAGUUUGGGCAUGUUUACCCUGACAACGAUCCUCUGGUUCUUGCUCGUUAUUCCCCAUGGCUUCCCACUUAAUCCACACGACCCCAAUGUCUGCAGUUACUGGGAAAGCUUCACCACAGCUGUAAAGGAAGCUUAUGCCCACCCGUACACCCAGCUAUCGCCAGAUUCUUGUGACGGCACCUGGAACUACUUUAAGACCUGCUCUCCACAAAAGAUUAUAUACAGAACUGCAUACCGGCACGGGGUCAAAGUCGACUACAGGAAGAGAUACAGAUGUUGCCAAGGGUACUAUGAAAGUAAUGAGAUCUGUGUCCCUCAUUGUACCCAGGAAUGCGUGCACGGGCGCUGUGUGGCCCCCGACCAAUGCCAAUGUGAGCCGGGCUGGAGGGGAAAAGACUGCUCCAGUGCUUGUGGCGACCACGUCUGGGGUCCGAAGUGCAACGAUACCUGUACGUGCCAUAACAAUGGAGUGUGUGACGCCAUUUCCGGAUCUUGCAUAUGCCCAGCGGGUUAUAAGGACCCCCUCUGCCAGAGACCCUGUGACCCAGGAACGUACGGGAUCAGCUGCUCGCUCGACUGUCAGUGCACAAAUGGGGCAGCAUGUGAUCCUGAAGAUGGGACCUGCCUCUGCCCCGAGGGGUACACAGGACCAUACUGUGAAAUCCGCUGUACAGAAAUUCAGCCGUCCAAAUACGUCUGCCCAGAACACUGUCCGUGUCAAAGUGGAGGGAUCUGUAAUCAGAGCACUGGAGGCUGCAGCUGCCCCCCAGGAUGGAUGGGCCCAAUCUGCUCCAUACCCUGUCCAGAAGGUUUCUUUGGACCCAACUGUGAACAGGAAUGCCUUUGUCACAAUCGUGGGCAGUGUGACCCACGGACCGGCCAAUGCCACUGCUCUCUGGGCUUCACCGGGGGAAGCUGUCGGGAGGAGUGUCCAAUUGGGAAAUACGGCAGGGACUGCGGAGAGGUCUGCGAUUGCCUGCACGCCGUGCGCUGUUUUCACAUUGACGGGGCGUGCAUGUGCGCGGCCGGCUUCCAGGGGGAGAAGUGCGAGGAGCGAAUGUGCUCCCCUGACCGCUAUGGGGUACAUUGCAACAUGCGCUGUCGGUGUGACCCCCUGCACACUUUGAGCUGUCACCCAAUGAGCGGGGAAUGUACGUGCAAAAGCGGCUGGGCCGGACUCUACUGCAACGAGACCUGUCCUCAGGGGUCCUACGGAACGAACUGCCAAGAGCCCUGUCUGUGUCUCAACGGGGGGUCCUGUGACAGCGAGACUGGGAGCUGCAUCUGUGCCCCUGGAUUUACGGGUGCGCAGUGUUCAAAUUAUUGCCCAGAGGACUCGUAUGGCCCAGAAUGUUCUCAGACCUGCAAGUGCAAAAACUACCUUUCGUGUUCCCCGAUCGACGGCUCCUGUGUGUGUAAGGAAGGGUGGCAAAAGGGGGACUGCUCAUUACCCUGUCCCAAGGGAAGCUGGGGCUUCAACUGCAACAGAACGUGUCAGUGCGAAAACGGGGCUUCUUGCAGCCCUGUCAGCGGCUCGUGUUCCUGCGCCGCCGGGUGGUACGGGGAGACGUGCAGCCAGCCAUGCAAGUCGGGAAGUUUCGGGCUCGGGUGCAGCCAGCGCUGUGACUGCAAACACUCCGACGGCUGUGACCCUGUCACUGGUCAGUGCCAAUGUUUACCAGGAUGGACAGGGAUACAAUGUGACCAGAGCUGCGAAGACGGGCUUUGGGGGAGGAAUUGCAACAUGUCGUGUGCCUGUAAAAACGGGGGGAUCUGCUCUCCGGAGGAUGGGACGUGCACCUGCCUGGCUGGCUUUCAAGGGCAAACCUGUGAGAAUCAGUGCCCACCUGGACGAUAUGGCAAGAAAUGUGCCCUGAUCUGCAAAUGCUCCAACUUCUCCACCUGCAACCCUGUCGAUGGCUCCUGCAAAUGUUUCCCUGGAUGGAAAGGAACUGAUUGCUCAGAGGCCUGCGUUCAGGGAUUUUGGGGCAAGGAUUGCGCCAGCAUCUGCUACUGCCAACACGGAGGCCAUUGCAGUCCGUCGGACGGGGGGUGCACAUGUUCCGCGGGAUGGACCGGGAAGUCCUGCUCCGAAGCCUGCCCUCUUGGGACAUACGGAGAGAAGUGCAUGCAUAAGUGCAAGUGUCAGAAUGGUGCGGAGUGCGAUCAGAUCACUGGGAAGUGCGUCUGUCUCCCUGGAUAUCACGGGCCCUUCUGCGACUUGAAGUGCCCGGCCAGAACCUACGGGCUAAAAUGCCACCAAGUGUGUGAAUGUCUUAACAAUGCCACCUGCCACCAUGUCACCGGCAGCUGCCAGUGUGACGUCGGGUGGUCCGGAACCCACUGCGAGAAAGCCCUUAACGUGGAUGUGCCCUUUACUAUGGUACCGAAGACAUCAAUGGGCACGGACUCUCUUGGACCCAUGUUUGGCAUCAUCGCCCUGGUCAUCUUGGUGGUGGCGCUAAUCGGCUUCUUCCUGUGUUAUCGACACUGGCAGAAGGACAAAGAAAGCCGCAGUCUGGCCGUGGCCUACACCGCCACGAGACCUGCCAGUUCCGUGUAUGAAGUGCCUGAUGUUCCACCCGGCUACACGCACUAUUACUCCAAUCCCAGUUACCAUACGCUGUCCCAGUGCGGUCCCAUCCCUCCACCACCUCCAUUAAAUCAGGAGAGACCCGGCUCUAAGAAGAAUGUAAUCCGUAACCCACACUUCUCCAAAGUGAAGAGCACGGACAGAGAGCGACCAGGAGCCUGCGGGCCGGAUUUUAAUGCCACGUUACCCGCGGACUGGAAACACCAAGGUGGGCCGCUGAACCCAAAAGACCAAGGAGGCUACAGGGUGGAUAGAAGUUACAGCUAUAGUAACAGUGUGGGCAUCUACUACAACAGGGGAAAUGAUUAUGUCAAAGAUUCAACUCUGAGCACAAGCAACAGUUCAUUGAACAGUGAGAAUCCUUAUGCCACCAUUAAAGAUCUCCCAAUGCUUCUGGCCAGGCCCUCGGAGGGAAACUACAUGGAGAUGAAGUCUCCGGUGCAUCGAGAAUUGUCCUACGCGGAGAUCGGUCUCUUUGAUGAAGAUGCCAUGUACGAGCAAGACCAAAAAGAAGAAGAAAGUUUAGUUCGAGGAGCAGGGGUGAUGACCAGCAGCCCGAGAAACAGUGCCACGCCAAGCCAUUACGACUCGCCCAAGAACAGCCACAUUCCCAGCCAUUAUGACAUGCCCCCCGUCCGUCAAUACCCUCCUACACCUCCAGCAAAGCGCCAAGCCCGAUGAGGACGUAUUAUUAUAACAUUUGUUUUUUCUUUAUGGACUUCAGGAGUCGUUCUUUGGACCUAAAUGAGAAACGGAGUCUCUGCCCAAGCUGGACUUUUAGGGGCAUGUGUGUUACUUUGUUACUGGGAGAAAAAAAUUAUUUUUCCACAUCUGUUCUAUGGAAACUUAGAAUCGGAUCUUUCCAAGGAGAAAUAAUAGAUUUUGCCAAACUUGAUUUUUGAGUAAAACGGCUCAAUUUCACUGUGAAUUAAAACAAGGAGGCAGAAUUUUUUUCCUGGAUAACUUGGGUGUAAAUAUCGUAGCAUAAGCCAGUUUAUAAGCAGCUGGCUGGUUGCCGGCGUAUGGAAGGACCACUCUUGAGAAGUUGUCUGUGGUGUUUAAUACAACAGAUGAUCGUGAUUAAUAAUCAGGACUGAGGAAUACAACUGUGCUUACUAAACUAUCUAUAUUCCGUUAGGUGGCCCAGAGGUAUUAUGCCACCCCAUAAAAAUAUAAGAACCUUUCCAGGACAGGAGAGACAUUGAAAAUAACUAUCCACGGACUCGGGAGAUCUGAUUUUCCAUUCUUGGUCUUGGAAAAGCUACAGAACUAAUAAACCUCUGUUAAUGCAGAGCCAGGCUGACCAAAGUUACUCUUAAAAUGUCCAACAAGGGCAAGGAAGAAUUUCCAUCCAGCCUGGAAAGCAAUAACAUGGUGGAGGAUCCCAUGUUCCUAAGCACUCUGUUGCAUUUCUCUCGUCGCCAGUUGGAAGACUAUAUGGGCCCUUUUUGCCAUGAAAUCGUGUAUUUCUUGAGUUUAUGCUAAAGAGAAAUGGUUGCAGAAACUCUUAACACUGGUGGUAUAGCACAGAACCUGGUAGGUCUGGGUCGACCCUCGUUCUCCUGCUCUUCUGAGUUGCAAGGGUCACGUAUCGGUGUGGUUGCCGGCAAAAGAAAAGCACUACAAAGCUAACACAUUGCUAACACAAACAUAACACAUGUAAGAGGCUACGAAGAGACCCAUGGGACCCUGUCCAGUCACAGCCAUGUCACACCAAUGGACUGAUACAUUAUUAAAGUUUAGUUUGUUCCUGGGAAGCAUUUGCCUCCACUGUACUACCAUUGCAGUCCUCUUCUGUAACAGUUUACAAA